UGGCGCUUCUAUAAACACACGGGAGAAACUGUCAUGGAGGGGGAGGAGGCCGCGGCGGGUGACGGGGACGUUUGGGGCCGCUCCUGGGGCUCCCCGGCUCAUUUCUGAACGGGCCCCCUCUCCCUGGGACCUCGGGAUCCGAAAGGUCUAGAGAAAAAAUAAAUCCCUGUUCUUCCCAGGGGGCGGAGCCGGGCGGGCAGGCAAGGCUGUGAGGCUGGGCCUGAGAGCCUGCCGACAUGGAUGACAGCAAGGUAGUUGGAGGCAAAGUAAAGAAACCAGGUAAACGUGGUCGGAAGCCAGCCAAAAUUGACUUGAAGGCAAAGCUUGAGAGAAGCCGGCAGAGUGCACGAGAAUGUAGGGCCAGAAAGAAGCUGAGAUAUCAGUAUCUGGAAGAAUUGGUAUCUAGUCGGGAGAGAGCCAUCUGUGGUCUCAGAGAAGAACUGGAAAUGUACAAGCAGUGGUGCAUGGCAAUGGAUCAAGGAAAAAUUCCCUCCGAAAUAAAAGCUCUCCUAACUGGAGAGGAGCAGAGCAAAUCUCAGCAGAACUCAAGCAGACAUACCAAGGUUGUAAAAACAGAAGCUAAUAACAAUUCCUGGUGAAGAUUGUUUCCAUUUAAACUCAUGAAUCAGUUGCUGAAUUGAACAUCCAGAAUCACAUGAAGAAUGGACAAGACUGGGCUUUGGAAUUUAAUUUGCUACCUACAGUUCAACGGUCUGAACAACUUGCAGUUGUUGACCAAAAUCUGUGAUUGUACGUGUUGAAGGCCUUGCUUUAACCUUCAACAAUAGCAAAAUUCAGAAUAUUCGAUCGUCUUUCAUUUGAUGUUGAUAGCUAUGGUAGAUUUGCACAUGAUGUGAUGCUUGGAAAAACCUAUGUGACAUGGAGGACAGUAAGUUAAAAGACAAUAGUUUUGCACCUUAGCUCCAUAUUGGUUAAUUAUGUUCUUUUCAUUUAAUUGUGUGUGUUGGUGUCACUUCAUUUACUCUGUUUUUUGUAUAGUCUUAUUCAGAGAAACCAAAUAGGCUGUUUGCUAAAUUAUAAGUUUUCAGCCUUUAAAAUGGACCUGAACUUCUUUUAUCAAAUUUACUUGAGUGAUUUGUAAUAUAUAUUUCCUGCGGGAACCACAGAUUUGUUCUGUGCAUCAUUCCAGCAUAAAUUGUGCAUAUGUAUUAACAAUUAUAUGCAUUUCUAUUUUUGUAAUCCAUGAUGAUCUUUCUGUUAUAUUGUACCUAUAGGGACAAUCCAUAUGAAGAGCUAUUUGGGGAAGCUUCUCCUAGAAACUCUUGUAGCGGUUCUCCCCAACUGUAUUUAUAAACUAUUGAAAUUUCCCCAUCUAUAUUAGCAAGUAAAUUAAUCAAAUCUUAAAAUUACUUUUCAGGUAUUCAGAUGGAGUGAACAUUUUGUUAUUGCUGAAUGUAGAGAGAUAUAUAAAGAGAAUGUAGACAGGUGUAUAUAAAGAGAAAUAUUAAAACACUUUUUUGUACACUCAACAAACUUGGGAGACUGUCCUAGAGAAAAUAGUUUAAAAUUAGCUGCUGGUCCUUCGAGAUCUUGUUUCUGCCUCAAGAUCUGUAAUAAAGUGACAUACAGAUUGCUUAUAGCUCUAAUGGCUGCCACAGUAACCAAAAUACCAAGCUUCUUUCCUGACUUGAGACUAAAAGAGAUUGGGCCCGAUUUGUGCUUUAUUCUGAGAAAGGUACAGUAGAAGGGUUAUAUUUCUGUUCUUGCUUGUUCAAGCCAGAGAGAUACCUGCCAGAGAGGAACCUAUAUCUUGUGUGUCCAAGACAAACCCAGAACAAAUGAGUACUUUGGUCCCAUCUAAGCCACAGCUCUCUGUCCUGAGCCUCACAUUAGGUUCAAACAUAGGUGUUAUGGCUAUACACAUCACUGCCAUAAAUGUGUGCGGCCAGGGGGAGCAGGGAGCAGUUCUUCCACUGACCUUUGCCAUUCAUAUCCAAGCCUAAAUUUACAUGAAGGUUUAUUUUCCCCAAAAGAAGGUUUGGUAUAGUGUGAGGAAUCAGGCUUAUGACAAAGUAUAAAAAUCUUUGAAAAAUAUACUUGUUUAAAACAAAUAUGAGUAAGUACUAGAUACAAUUUAAUAUUUUUACUCCUGCUUCUGUGAUGAGUUCCUUUAUCAUUGUCUGUUUCUUAGAUAGUAGAAGUUGUGAUCUCUUACUACUAAACCAAAAUUAUAUGUAAUUGGUCCACUAUUCCCUAUUGAUUGACUUUUUCACCAAAUGUCUGUUAUGAAAUGUUAUUUUAGGGAAGAUACAUCUUCCUUAGGAAGAUGAUGUGGACCAUGAUGGGGAGCACACAAGUGAAUAUAUAUCCUUCUUAGACUGUAAAGUAUGCCUUCAUCUGGCCUGAGAGCCUAACAACCUGGUAUUCUUUGGAGUGCAAACUCAGGUUUGCCCCUUUGGUGUUAUGUGACCACCAUUAGUAGACUGCUAGCUAAGCCCUCCCCUUUCCCCCCUAAUUUUUGUGUUUUGGAACAAUAAAGGGAUGAAGAAUAUUUAAUGUUUUAGAAACUGGAUAUGUUUUUGUUGUUUUUGGUUACUUGAUCAUACAUGUUUUCCAAAAUAUCCUAAGACUUCGUUUACAUUGUUUCUGGACCAUUUUGAAUACUGUCCAGGUAGUUAUUGUAAAUGUAAAUAUUCUAAAAUGAAAAUGGUUGUUUGAUGGAAUGUGCCUGUUAUGCUUGAAAUAUUUCCUCCCUGGUAGUAAUUCUGUAUCAUGUGAGGUCAUUUGAGCUUUUGUUAUAAUAUCUUUACAAGAGUUGAUCAUUUUACCCUCACAUAGAGGAUAUGGAAUUCAUGUAAAAGUAAAUUACAGUUUGUUGUGCUUAUUUUAUUCCCAGGACUUUCACUUUGGUCUUUGUGGACAAACAGAUGAAACCAAGAGAAGGUGCCUUGGCUUUAAAAAGAAAUGUUUUGAGUACUUUGGGGAUUGUGCUGUCAGUGUAUUUUGGUUACUUUAAAGCAUGGUAAUAAAUGUCAUUGAUUAAAGGAA